AUGCCCCACCGUGUAGACUCUGCCGACAGAUCUGGCAGUAUGAGCCACAGGCCUGAGGACCGGGGACCAUACGACCAUCCGAACACUCACCCAUCCCCGCCACCUAUCGCUGCCAUACAUAACUCGCCCGCUCCAUCGCAAGCUUCAGAACAAGUCGCUUCUCCCUCACCUCCAGUACCUCAGCAAGCCUAUUACCAAGGCCCUCCUCCCCCCAACGGCCCCCCGAUGCACCAAGCAUAUCCGUACCCUCCCCACGCCCGCUACCCCGCUGACCCGGCCGUCCAGAUGCCGCCUGGCUACCCGCCGAGUUCGCACUAUGCACCACCGGUAGGCCAUGUUUCGACGCGUUCGAUUCAGCCUAUCCAUGUCUCCUCACAGCCUGUUUUCGAACAGCCCUCGUAUAUCGUCCAUACGGAUGAUGCAGCGACGAAGCUGAACGACCGAGUCCGCAGGAAGUGCUACAACUGCCGGACAACCGACACCUCGACUUGGCGCCGGUCGAGUCUCACCCCGGGCAAAGUGCUCUGCAACAAGUGUGGCCUCUUUGAGCGCACUCACUCGCGGCCCCGGCCGGAGCAGUUCCCGCACAAGCGUGGACCGAUCGUGACGAGCACGUUCAAGAGCUCGCGUAGCCCGCCGCCGCCGAGCCGUCUCCCGCCGAUGCAGCACCACAUGCCGCCCCUCCCACCACAUCACUAUGACCACCCGUCGAUUGCGCCGCUCAUGCCACCUCGUGCGGAUGGCCAUCCCCACUACGCGCCUCCUCCACCCCCGCCAGGGGCUGGAGGCUCGCCCAACCCGAAUGCUAUCGGGAAUCUGCUCAACAGCCCGCACGCAGGCGGUGCGCCGUCCUCGCACGGUGCCCUUGGUCACGCUGGUGCCGUCGGCGCCCACGGCUCGCCUGUGCCAGCUCAUGCAUCCGCCGGAAGUGCUUCUGCAUCAAGCGGAGCGGUCGCGCAUGCCGAAAACGGCGAUGCGCAGGGCAACGGCGCGAACGGCGCUGGCAACUCGCUCAAGCGGCCGCGCUCGCCGAGUACGGACCGCAGCCCGCGUCAGGAACAGCGGAGCCCACCGUACGCUCACCGUGCGCCUGCUUCGACUACGUCCGCGGCAUAA